UCUGCACAGCAUCACAGAGAGAGAGAGAGAGAGAGAGAGAGAGAGAGAGAGAGAGAGAGAGAGAGAGAGAGGGAAGGAGGGAGAGAGUAUUGAAAAAUGGAGAGGGGUUCAUUGAAGGUGAUGUGCAUGUUGGGAGUGAUGGUCGUGGUGGUGGGGAUUAUAGCGGGGGUGGAGAGGGCAGAAGCAGCGGGAGAGUGCGGAAAAUCUGAUCCAAACAAGGAGGCAGUAAAGCUGGCGCCAUGUGCUGGGGCUGCACAAGAUGAGAACGUCAUUGUUCCUGCCAAGUGCUGCGAGCUGGCGAGGGCCAUCAGCCGCAACCCAUCCUGCCUUUGCGCUGUCAUGAUGUCUGAUGUCGCCAAGAACUCAGGGAUGAAGCCUGCCAUCUUCAUCACCAUCCCCAAGCGCUGCAACAUUGCGGAUCGUCCCGUGGGUUACAAAUGCGGAUCUUAUACACUGCCUUGAUGCAAAAAUGGAAGGGCCAGGAAAGCUGGUGGGGAAAUUGUGACUGCUCCUCUCGUUGGCUAUGUCUUAUCUACUCUUUUAUGUAUAGUUGUGUACCCAAUAAAAUAAAGGGAGCAGCACGCACUCAUCCUGCUUCUGUCCAUCUUUAAUUUAAUUUAUAUAUCUAUCGUCGUUUGGACUCCUUCAAUUUAGUGUAAAAGAUGCUGACCUCAGCAACUUAUGCCU